AUGAUGAGACCAAUUAAAAGGAAGAAGGUGGGUGAGAAUGAAAAAUUAAACAGAAAUCGUGGAAAACCAGAUCUCAUUAGUACACUACCUGAUGGAGUUUUAUCUUCUAUCAUCUCUUAUCUUCCCAUCGAUGAAGCUGUGAGAAGCAGCAUCCUUUCAAAGAGAUGGAUACCUUUAUGGAAGCAUACUUCACACCUCAAUUUUGAUGGCACACGCAUGACAAAAUCAUUUAUUCAAGCCACAGAAGAAGAUGUUCGAAAAUAUGGUAAGCUUGUUAAUUCCAUAUUACAUAAUCAUCUUGGAGAUUUGAUUAAUUCUUUAUCAACAUUUGAAAGUUCUGAAAAUUUGAAGAUCUUGAAAUUGAAGAAGAUGGAAAUGAAGAAUGAAACAAUUAAUGGAAUUUUGAAAAAUUGUUUGGGUUUAGAGAAGUUUAGUCUCGUUGAUUCAAUCGGAUUUGAUUUUCUCAAAAUUAAAAGCCACCAUCUUAGGGUUUUGGAGCUUAAGAGGUUGGGGAUUAAAGAGAUAGAUGUUUAUGCUGAUGACCUUCAAGUUGUUGUGUUUGACUCUCUUAUUUGCCCAGGAAGAGGUGUUAAAAUUUAUUCUCAAAAUUUGAGGAAUUUUUCUUCUUCAUAUGAUCCAGCCGCUCAAAUGAGUCUGAAAACUUAUGAAAUUCUUGAAAAUUGCAGUGAUCUUUUUAAAACUCAAACAACCAACAUUUUUCUAUUUCUAAAGACUUUGUCAAUUGAAUUGGAUUUGAAUAAUAUGAGAGAAGUUUUGCCAUUUUCAUACAUACUAAGGUCAUGUAUCUGUCUCAAUACUCUUGAAAUUACUAUACCGACAGUGGAAGCUUUUGAACAUUGUGAACUUCCGUUUCCUAAAUCAAUUUUCUGGGAGAGGCAAGAAAUGUACAAUUGUAUCAAUCACAAGUUAAAAUUUGUGACAAUAAGGGGAGUUACAGGCAAAGAACAGGAAGUGAAUUUCUUGAAACAUUUGAUUACAAGAGCUUAUAUUGUGGAAAAGAUCAAUGUGAUUUGGAUGGGCAUGGUCGUCAAACUGCUUAUGGGUAUGUACCUGGUGGAUACCAGUAUAGAACUGUUUGUGGCCAGAGAUCCUGUGGACAUGGCCUGUGAACUAGGGAUCGCAGUCGAUGCAUUCGUCGAACUUGCAACAACUGUUCCUGAUCCUUGUGGAGGAUUUUGUCCCCUUCCGUCAUCGGUGGUAUUAACCAUCUUUCUGGUAUAUUUUCUUUUGGGUAUUGCUUGA